ACAACAAACCCAUGUGGAUGUGAAGAAGCAGUAGACAGCACAUCAUACUGUAUCCAUUUGCACUCUUUUGUGGAUUUAAAACAAUACAUUUUGCUAUUGUCAUCAAUUAAAUCCGCGGGAAAUGGCCAAAAACGAAGAAUGUGGUGAUUCAAGUGAUGGGGAGGAGGUACCAUCCAGCAGCAGAGAGUCGAAAAACGAUUCGAAGGCUAAUGGCAGUGCGAAAUUGUCCAUCCAUAAAUCUGCUCCCAAGGAGCAGAAAAAGAAGUCUUCUAAAAACACUGGCAGCUCAAUUCUGACCAACGAGCAGCUCAAUAUUGAAGUUGUGAAAUUACGGAAGACUUUGAAGAGAAUUAAGAUGCAAACUAUUCAAUCAAUUAUUCGCCGAAUCCAAAAAUUGAAAAGUGCUAAGGAAGCCACUAGACCUAAAAGCAAGGAGAAGGCUGACAACCAGCUUGCACUCCUUGAAGCUGUGAAGAGACUCUGCUUGGACGAGACAGUCAAGUUUGCCAUCAUUACUGAUGAGAAAGAGUGCAUGAGCAUCAUCAGCACAGAGACUGCUGCGAAGAAAUACGUUGCCAUGGCGAGAGUAGCCAAUACAAACUCAGUCCGUGAAUGUAUCGCAGCCUUGGCUAAGAAGUACCAAAACUGGGAUGAGAUGAUCACAAAGUUUUACCCAGGAGCCAAGAGUGCCAAGAGGAAGGCCAAAAGGAUGAAAUUCAGGGAGGCUCUGCAAAAUAAGGAGAAAUCCAACAGCAUCAAAACCUCAAAAGCAGAGAAGAAGAAGAAGAAGCCUGAGGAAACUGAAAAGGUCGAGGAUAGCGAGGAGAAAGUGGAGACCAAAUCUGCUCCAGCACCAAAAGAGAAGAAAGCUGAGGAAUCUAAACCAAUCAAGAAACCCAAAGCAGAAAAAAUUCCAAAGCAGAUCGAGGAAGAGGCUGAGAUUCCGGUCGUCAAAGCGCAGCAGAAGGAAAAGCCCAAAUCAGACAACCUUUCCAAAACGCCAAAGCUCCAGAUUGCCACGGCAGUCAAAACAACCAUCCAAACGGCUGUUGUGAAAAAGCUGGCAAGCCUUAACGACCUGGUUGAGUUGGAAAAGCCCACCAAUUUGGUUCCUGACAAAGAGCCUGCUCAGACCAACAAGAAAGACUCAUUUUUCCUGUCAUCCGACGGCCUAGAAAUGUCCAGCGAGGAUGAGGCUGAAGAGGGGGCGUCUGAAAGUGAAGAAGAGUUCCAGGACAAAUCUUACGUGAGCAGAAAGUACCACAUGAGGAGCAGAGAAGAGACAGUUAGUGGAUUCAAUGGAAAGUCAGCUGAAAAAAGCCGUAAAGCCAAAUUCCAGGAAAGAGAAACUCCGCAGAGGAAAAUGGGAAAGAAAAGCUUUGGAGACGAAAGACCAAAAUCGGGCAAGAAGGAAUUUUCAAAGCCAGAGAGGUCAUUUGAUCCAGAACCAGAGAAGCUGCAUCCAUCGUGGGAGGCAAAACGCAAGCAGAGUGCCAUUAAAAUCGACUCUGCUCCAACCAACAAGAAAAUCAAGUUUGACUAAUAUUAAUGUUAAUUAAAAAACGUCGAUUCUCUUUAAGCAUGUUAUUUUAAUUGAGUAACAUUGAACCAAAAAAUCCAGUAGUUAUAAAAAAACAGUCGAUUCGAGUUGCCUGGUGCAUAACAGUUUC